AUGUAUAACAUGAAUGCAAGACCAAUGACAAAACGCAGAUGGAGCUUCAUCAAAGUGAAGAUUGGCAUGUCUGUAGUGGAGAUGAUCUGCGAUAUUGUGUGCAUUGUUUACAUUUACGAUGGCAAAAAUGAUUCACAUAGGUGGGCUGUUGAGAACGAGCAGCUGUCAUGGCUUGCUAACUGCACAUCGGCUAGCUUACUGUUCUGCACAUUCAAGAUCAUCAUGUCUUGUGCUGAAGCAUGUGGGUACGACAACGAAGUAACCAGGUGUUUGUCAGACAUGUCAUUGCUGAUGUCACUGUGGGCUGGAGAUGUGCCGAAGUCCUGUGUGAACCUGCUGAUUCUCAAAGGCAACACAAAGAAAUACGUCAAUGUAUUUCACUUCUUGAAAGCUGUUUUUGUCAUCCUGUUUAAAAGUGCCAAAAGGGGGGAAGUUUCAGACCAUCACUUUCAUGAAUGCUGUAACUGUAUUUCACCAGCAUACAUUCUUGGGUGGAUUGUGGAAGUCGUUGUUGCUGUAUGGAUUGUAUGUUUAUGCAUUUCUUCACGGUUCUAA